AAGUGUUUUGUUUCAUAGGCUAGAAAGGAUAUGACUUGCGCAUUUCGUCAUUUUGGGCGCCAAAAUUUGGGAAAAUUACAUUUUAGGUUUGAAACGGUUCUCAAGUCUUUGUGAUGAUCCACUCAAAACGGUUUCAAACUCAUACGGAUGACUUGCACUCUUCAAGGUUUCAACUUUUACAACGUGCCUUUGAAAAAGCUGUUUCUACUUUCUUAGAAAAUGGAUGCUCCUACUCCAAAUUCUCAGAAUGCUUCCAACCAGUCUCCUCCGUCUAUCCCGAGGACUUUGAGUUGCUCAAUAAACAACUGAAACAACUCUUAGAGAUAAGACUAAAGCAAGAAUUUCAUUUACUAGUCGAAGAGAAAGACAUUGCUAGUAAACUUGAUAUUUGUGACCAGCUCUUUCAAAAAUACCACGUCGAUAAAAACGGCUAUAUAAGAAUACCAUUUAACGAGCAAGAUCCUACAGACUGGAUGAAGGCUAUUGCAAUCAAACAAAAACUAAAAUUGAAAGAGACACUAUGCAAGGAAAAGAAUGAAUUAACUAAAACAGUCAAAGAAUUGGAAAAUCAAGUAAUGGAUACAAGACAACAGGCAGAUAAAUAUAAAGAAGAUGUAGAGCAUCUUGUCAAACUGAGUGCUACUGCUGUUGAUGUGGCCAAUCAGAAUCUACCGCUUCCAAAGUAACUAAGCCAUACUAUUUGAAGUAGUAAAGUCUCCGGUAUUCGUAAAUAUGACAUUGGUCUUAAU